AUGGCAAGGCAGUAUGCUGUGUUCCCUCGCAACCCGUCACCGGCUGAAGCAACGAAUCGGGGCAUGAUGAUACAAGAGAGAAUGGCUAGGUUGGAAGAGGGCAUUGCGAAGGCAAAUUUGGUUUUUGAUGAGUACUCUCCGAAGGUUUCGUUUACUCCUGAAGAAUACAUGAAAUACUACGACAAUAGCUGUGUUUAUCACAUGUGUGCCAUUGACUAUGGAGCCCACAUGCUUGAGAAAUUUGAGAAAGCCAUGGAAGAGAGUAUUUUGUCAAAGGUUCUACCAGCUAUAUGUGAUAAAGAGGGUGUUCCUCUACUGGUACAGUUUCUGCACAUGUGGUCAAAGUACCAGGCUUUUUCAAAGUUUCUUGGAGUAUUCUUUUUGUAUCUUGGUCGUGAAGCUGAACGUAGGAAGGGUGGUCGGCUUGAGGACAUUGCAACACGCUUAUAUUGUGAUCAUGUCUGCAAGCCUUUCCUCCAAAAGUUGUUUUCUGCUGCAGUUACCCUUAUUGUUGAAGAUCGGAAUGGGCAAUUAAUUGAUAAGUACCUGCUGCAACAGAUCUCAACAUUCUUUGUAGAAAGUUGCGGACGUGAAAGUGCCUCUUAUUACAACAAUUUUGAGGAAGUUAUUCUCGCAAAUGCUGCAGGAUUCUACUCUAGUGUAGCAUCACAAUGGCUUCUCUCCUAUUCAGCUAAGGAUUACAUUCUCAAGGUUGAUCAAUGUUUCAAUGAAGAGAGAGAAAGAGCAUUCCAGUUCUUGCCCCCAUCUUCGGUGGAGAAGUUACUGAAGACAAUGCAUUUUGUUUUGGUGGACCAAACUGCAAAUGUGUUGAAUGAAAAGAGGAGAUCUGAAAACCAAGAUUCAACAACAUUACAGGGGUUACUCUCUGGUUUGAGUAUUCAAUAG